AUGGGAUUCUUGACGAAUUACUACGAGACGCUGGCCAAAGAGGGCAACCUGGAGCUACUGAUCACCCUCGGCAUGUACGAUGAACGCGUUUAUGAGGUUGUGGAGCGCAACCACCUGGCCGGCGACAUUGCGGAUAUGCUGCCAUCACCGCUGGCGGCGCUGUUCCUCUCUCGGGGAAUGGCCUACGACUGCAUUAACGAGGUGGUCAUUCGUAACUUCGUCAGGAUUUGCAUGAUGCUUUCCCGUUACAAGACGGUGGAGGAAGGCGCAAGCCUCGCAGAGCUUAUUGGCAGCUGUGGUAUCCCUGAACAGUACCGCAUGAACAUGUUCAACUUUAGCGAGACGUACCGCCACAUGAUCUUGUCACGGUCGUACUUCCCCCAGCGAUCGGUGCUGCGGCUCCUGGCGUACAUCUUCUGCGAUGACGUUCUGACAGACGCGGUGGCGCAGCUGCAGUACAAGUCAGACAUCCUGAACCACGUGAACAAGGUGUACGUCGACACCCCGGACUUCGUUUCGUGGCGUUUCUCCGUGCGUGUCAUGUCCCUCGCCGGAGGCUUCAAUGAGGACCGCGGUGACGUUGAGUACACUGAGGCGCUAACCCGUAUCGUAACGCGCACCAUCCCGGAGUUCCUCGUGUACUUUACUGUUACCUUUGUGUACGCCAUGUUCCGUCACUAUCCCAGGCGCGUCCGCGGCAUCACCCCGCGGUGGCUUGCGCGGCAUCGCGCUCUGUUUUCAGCAUCGUACUGCGCCCUCCUCGGCGUCUACGUAAACUCGUUCCUGGAGUACCGCCUUCAUCAGCACCGCUUGCUGUACGAGCUGCGGAAGAGCCAGGAGUACCGCCGCCGUCGCGGUGCGGCGCGGCGCGGCGUCGAGUACCCUGCUAACCCGUACUUCGAUAGCCUCGAUGGCGUCACGCGGCGCAUCUCCUCUAUGCAGUGCACCGCCUACGGCGUUACAGGCAUGGCGCUGCUGGUGUCGCUGCUGCCGUUGGCGCCGGUGAAGUUCCCCAAGUGGAUGGGCGAUGUGGCAUGGCGCCACCCGUUCGUUCCGCGGCUCUUCCCUGCACUGCUGGGGAUGCACACGGCGUCGCGGUGUGCGGUGCCGUUUGUGUUGGCGCCGUUCGUGACACUUACGAUCGCGCGCGCCAACGGGUGGGGGGCGACGCUGUACGACCGCUACGUAGAGUACCGCAUGCGGAUGUGGUACCGCAAGGUGGAGGUGGCCUUUGACACCUCGACGGAUGUCGCGGAGGUGGACAUAACAAAGGAGCAGCGUCACGGAAAGGUGUAG